AUGGAAGAGUCGGGCAUGGCCAUAGCUGAGUUUCCUCCGUGUGAGGAGUUUGCCGUCUCCAUCAUCAAGUUAGCACUAACUAACCUUGGUGGCCAGAUUAGCCACCGUUCCCUCGCCAUUUCCAGUCCGUUUGCUCGUACUAACGAGGGAGGCGUGGCCGACGAGUCCCAGGUGGGUGGAGCUAACAGUGGUAACCAUGACGACGAGAGAGCAUCGGGUGGGAUCAAAGGUCAGAUGAACAUACUGGAUCAGGUGCUACACGCAGACUGCAAACCACUGUUAGAAUUCUGUCUGCACCUGAAACGUCUGAUGCUAAAUGUUUCCUGCAGAAACCAGGCCAGAGCUGAGAUUCAAGGGAGCCAUCGUCUUGUGGGGGCAUGUUGCUACUGUCCAAAGAAGAAGAAGUGCUCCAUUCAAGAUAAACCAUCUUAAAAGACAUACUUAUGUUUUUUGGAAUAUAUACCAAUGCAGCAGUGAUUCGUUAUAACUUUUAUGUUUUUUUCUAAUGCAGCAUGCAACAGUGUUAUGUUGUACAAUGUGGCUCUUUAUAGAAUGAAAAUAGAACACAAUUCCCGUAGCAUAUAUAUACUGUAUGUAUCCAGGUACACUAGUAUACAAUGUUGGAAGAGGUUACGGAGUAAAGAUCUCAAGAAGAGGGAGAGAGCGAGGCGACUGCGUCCUCCAGACUGCCUGUGACCACCAUGAAAUGGUUGUGGACGUCCUCUGCCUUGUGUGUGUUGAGGUGGGUGUGUCCUGUCACCUCUAGCUCUCUUCCAAAUGGAGUCUUGUAAGUCCACUCUUCGUGUACUGCCAGGUUGUGGUUUGUCUUGCAGUGGUUGAGGAACACUCUGGUAUUGGCCUUUGUAAUGUAUAUACACAGCAGUGGAAAGAAAGGGUGCAUACGUACGUAUAUACACCAUGGGUAUAAUGUAAACCACGUUCAAGCCUACUCACGGGUACAGGAGUUCCUUCUGUUUCAAGCCUUUCAUCUUGACUGAAACAUAUAAACUUCCUGGAAGCAGAGUUGUAGCUGAUGUCUUCCUCGAGUAGAACCUCCUGCUCUCGAGAGAACCGCGAGUGUUUGGUGAAUGUGGCUCUAUCACUGUGCAGACCAAGCUGUCCACCUUCGUC